AUCAUUUUACGGAUAGAGAAGCAGGCUGCGGAAGGCCAAGCUCUGUGCCCCUGGGUCUCCCAGCAGGUUUGACCGUUGUGCUGCUCAGGGCUCUCGACAGGGAACAGCGGUAGCGGGUAUCCUGGGCGCCCCCACCCCACCUGGGGGUCCGCGCGCGUCCGCGGCUCGGAGAGGGCGCCCUGGGGACCCGCCCGAGCGGAGCACGGCAGCGGCGGCGGCGGCUGGCGGCCGGUGGCGAAAGUGCGGCUGCGGAAGCGCGGCGAGGCCCGCGGCUCCAAGGAGGAAGUCGGGGGAGGCGUGGGAGCUGCGGAACUUGCGGGGCCCGGCGGACGCCAUGGGUCGCCUGCACUGCACGCAGGACCCCGUGCCCGAGGCCGUGGGCGGCGACAUGCAGCAGCUGAACCAGCUGGGCGCGCAGUUCUCAGCCCUGACAGAAGUGCUCUUCCACUUCCUAACUGAGCCAAAAGAGGUGGAAAGGUUUCUGGCUCAGCUCUCUGAAUUUGCCACCACAAAUCAGAUCAGUCUUGGCCCCCUCAGAAGCAUCGUGAAGAGCUUCCUUCUGGUUCCAAAUGGUGCUUUGAAGAAGAGUCUCACGGCUGAGCAGGUCCGGGCUGAUUUCCUAACUCUGGGUCUUAGUGAGGAGAAAGCCACUUACUUUUCUGAAAAGUGGAAGCAGAACUCCCCCACCCUUGCUCGAUGGGCCAUAGGUCAGACUCUGAUGAUUAACCAGCUCAUAGAUAUGGAGUGGAAAUUUGGAGUGACGUCUGGGAGCAGCGAACUGGAGAAAGUGGGAAGUAUUUUUUUACAAUUAAAGUUGGUGGUUAAGAAAGGAAAUCAAACUGAAAAUUUAUACAUAGGUGAGUCCAAAUUCCCAUUUGAGCCUUUUCACUUUUCCCAUGUUCUCUUCAGUCACUGGGCUCGUGAAGCCACCCACCAAUCAUUUCUCCAGAAAAGAAGUCAUCACUGAGCGGUGGAGUUGCCAUUCUGCUGGCUUUGCUCCCAUAAAUAAUAAGGCUCUGGCAGGUUGGAAUGCCUUUUUGCAAAAGGGAAAGAUGGGGGGCAGGAAUGGCGAGUGUGGAAGAGCAGGAAGCUCUUGCUGCAGGAUCAGCUCGAUGGUCCCUGUCAUCCUUUUGUGCUGGGGAGUCAAUGCCAUUUUAAAUCCCACCCACCCCACCCCCGCCACCCUUUAACAUGGAGCUGAGAACUUUCUAUGUUCAAGGCUCUUGGGUCUUUAUCAUGAUCAAUUACCCGUCAAGAACUGCUUGGAUGUACAAAGCCAACACAGACAAAGUCUCUGGGUGGAAAUUUGUUUUCUUGGAUGAUUCUGUGGAAUUGGAAACAUUCACCUGAAGCGUCAUUUUCUCUCCCCAGAAUUAACCUUGCCUCAGUUCUACAGCUUCCUGCACGAGAUGGAGCGAGUCAGAACCAGCAUGGAGUGUUUCAGCUGAUUUCUGCCCCCCUGCAUCUCCGCCCCCCUCCCCACCCCACCCCCCCGCCCUGGCGUCGGCUCCUUCAGGCCCACUUGCUUCUUGGGAGCCCAGGUGCAAAGGUUUCUGAAAAACAACAGGAUUAAGUACUUAUGGAUGACCCUGAAGUGUCUUUGUUGAGGGAGCCUCCACCACCCAGGUCACUGUUGAGAUAUUCAGAGAGGCCAUUGCAUCUCAGUUGCGGGGCAGGAAAUAAGUUCCUCCCGUUCAAGGUUCUAGAGUAAACAAGCAGGUCUGUGGCUGGAGGUGGGCACUGAUGACCCUCCCCACCAAAGCGCAGCGGCUUGGUUAUGGCUGAGGAAGGGGAGGACUCCACAAGCGACACACCGCGGAGCCCCAUGGAGUCCGGACACACGUGGUGCUGGUUCACUGCUAGGCAUCUUUCAUGGACACUGCUUGGUCUGCCCUGAAAAGAACUGAGGCUGACUGCCCUCAUUUUAGGUUUUGCUGUGUUCUAUGUAAUGACGGGGGCCUUUUGAGCUAUUUCAGCUCGUAUGGGCUCAAGCUGACCUCCUCUCUUGGCUCGAUGAGGAAUAAAAAGGGUUCUGAAGAACA